AUGUCGGGCGGGCGCCCGCAGAUGCUGAUGUGCUACCUUUGCGGCCGUGAGUUUGGCUCUCGGUCCUUGCCGAUACAUGUGCCGCAAUGUGAGAAGAAGUGGUUGGCGCAGGAAAAGCAGAAGCCGCUUUCUGAACAAAAGCCCUUGCCUCCGCGACCGGAGCGCUUGGCGGCCGUCCUGGCUGGGACGUCCUUGAGCAACCAGGACCGGGCAACGUUCAACGAGGAGAUGUACAACAACUAUGACCAGGAGGUCUUGGAGAAAUGUGCGUGGUGCGGCCGGACGUUUACGCCGGCCGCGCUGAAAAUACAUGCGAAGAGCUGCACGGAGGAGAGCCCAGCGAAACCUGCGGGCACUGGCCUGACGAAGGCCAGCCUCAGCAAUACCAUCGUGCCGGGCAAGGUUUAUGGCACCCGCCACGUCGGAAGCCAAAAUCUGAACGCUUGCGUUUCAUCGGAUGGGCUCGGCGGCGCACAGGAUUUACGGGGCAUGUCCCCGCAGAGGACACUGUCGCCCAUGCGCCGGGCAGCCUCUGCAAAGCGGAUCCGAGCCGGCAGCAAGGGCCCGAUGAAGGCAUCACCUGUUACACCUCCGCCGCCUGGAGCGCUGGUGCCGGCGGCGUCGCCGGUUUGUAUCUACAAGCAGGAGCCCUCGCCCGUCCUUGGCGUGUACACGCCGGUCACGCCGGGCCAGCCACCGCGGCCCCCGGUCGUGGUGUGGAGCAGCGUGACGCCUGCACCGCUUGCAGCACCCAGCACGGUGGCCACACCUCCUGCGGCAGUGGUGCCCUGCACGGCGGUGAGCACACCGCCAAAAGUCCAGACACCACGAAACCCAGGCCAUGCUGGAGGACCUGUGCAGAGCAAAGCCGCGAACUUCUGCUCUGACUGUGGAAUGCGCUUUGUCCCGUCGGCGAAGUUUUGCCACGAGUGCGGCGCUCUGCGCCCGGGGGCAGAGCCACCGAAGAGGACAAAGUUCUGCCACACCUGCGGUGCGCGAAGCACAAACUGGAGCUGCCUGCGGUGA